CUUCAAGGCGGCAUAUUGUCGUCCGAUCGAUCCUCUUACAUUCCGUCCAAGACUCGCUCAAUCUCGCAUCCGCGCGCACUUCCGAAAACCCCACGUUUCUAAAUGCGCCUCAGUACCAACAAAUUCAUCCCAAGCGUUCCAUUCCCGAUGGCCAAAUCCCUUCAACCCCAUCGUCAAGAAUUAAAGUUGUCCCGCACCUAACCACGCGUCCUCUCGUCUCUCCCAUGGACAUCCGCCUCCUCUCCUCCCGCCCUCUCCCCCUCGCUUCUUCUAUCACCCGCCUCCCUCCUCGGCCCUUCCCAUCCCGCUUUCUCUCUCCCCCGGUCUCCUCUCCUCCCUUCUAUCCCGAGAAUUCGAUUUCCGCCCGAUGCUUCCGGCCGUGGACGGCUCAGUCGGGCUUGUUCAUCCCAUGCCGAAGAAUCCCAGCUGCCUGACAGUGGCGGCGGCGAUGGCACCAUCGCCGAGGCCUUCACGCUUUCCGGAGAGGAGCUGGAGUCUGGCCCACCGAGCAUUUGGACGCAGAUGAAGGAGAUUGUCUUGUUCGCGGGGCCUGCAACGGGGCUGUGGAUAUGUGGGCCUCUCAUGAGCCUCAUUGACACUAUGGUUAUUGGCCAGGGGAGCUCCUUGGAGCUCGCUGCCUUGGGACCGGGGACGGUGUUCUGUGAUUACCUGUGCUAUGUGUUCAUGUUCCUCUCCAUUGCCACUUCCAAUAUGGUCGCCACUUCGCUUGCUAAAAAGGAUAAACAGUUAGCACAACAUCAGAUAUCCAUGUUACUCUUUGUUGCUUUCGCUUGUGGCUUAGGAAUGUUUCUUUUUUCACGAUUGUUGGGUACACAAGUACUAGCAGCUUUUAUUGGGUCAGAGAAUUUUCACAUUGUUCCUGCUGCCAAUACAUACAUUCAGUUUAGGUAUGAAAGAUUCAUGGGGACCAUUGAGGGCUUUGGCAGCUGCUAGUGCCAUAAAUGGUUUUGGUGAUAUUCUCCUGUGUUAUGUUUUUGGCUUUGGUAUUGCUGGUGCUGCUUGGGCAACAAUGUUAUCACAAGUAGUUGCAGCUUUCAUGAUGAUGAAUGCUCUAAACAAGAUAGGUUUUAGGGCUUUCUCAUUUUCUGUGCCAUCACCUGGAGAGCUUCUCCACAUAUUUGAGAUUGCUGCUCCAGUGUUUAUAACGAUGACAUCAAAGGUGGUCUUCUAUUCUCUACUCACGUAUUUUGCCACAUCAAUGGGAACAAUGACCAUUGCAGCACAUCAGGUUAUGAUUAAUGUCUUGUGCAUGUGCACUGUCUGGGGUGAACCACUCUCUCAAACCGCACAGUCAUUUAUGCCAGAGUUGAUACAUGGAGUUAACCGCAGUUUGGUGAAGGCACGAAUGCUGUUGAAGUCACUAAUUAUAAUUGGAGCUAUGAUUGGAUUGACUUUGGGAGUUGUUGGGACAUCUUUCCCAUGGUUCUUCCCUUAUCUGUUUACAAAUGAUCGCAUGGUCAUUGCAGAGAUGCACAAAGUAUUGCUUCCAUAUUUUAUUGCAUUGAUAGUGACACCAUCGACACAUAGCCUUGAAGGAACAUUGCUGGCUGGCAGGGACCUUAGAUUUUUAAGUUUGUCGAUGACUGGAUGCUUUUGUUUCGGUGGCCUUAUACUAUUGCUUGUUUGCAGUAGAGGCUGUGGUUUGCCUGGAUGCUGGUGGGCCCUAGCAGGGUUUCAAUGGGCUCGAUUUUCACUUGCUUUUCAGCGGCUUAUUUCUCCUCAUGGCAUGCUAUACAGCCAUGAUUUUUAUCCGCAUGAGUUGGUGAAAGUGAAAACCACGUAGUGAUUUCUUCUCUAUUCGUAUAGUUCAGAUGGAGGUACUCCUGAAAGGCCCUAAACUUCUGUUCCCGGCUCGAGAUUUUGUGAUAUUUGGCACUACCAAUGGAAGCAUUCCUCUGUUUGAUAGGAAGUAUCUGCUGGCAUUGAUUGAAAAAAGUUUUCACAGAGAAACUUCUUGCUGGUGACCACCUCAUAAAGUAUUAUUUUCUCAACAAGCUCUGAGAGCAGGGUACAAGUGACGAAAAUUAAGUAAAUUAUCCAAUUUUAUAUAAUAUUUUUUGAUACAUGUAAUUUCUUGAUCUUUGUAAUUUAUUUCAGAUUGAGUUACUAUAUCAAGAUUUCAGAAGAGAUUCUUUUGUCGA